AUGCUACUGGGAAUCAUCGAGGCGUACCUCAUCAAGCUUUUCGAGAUGUACACCUACUGGGGAAAGAUUGUAUAUGCUGAAGAGAGCUUGGCAUUCUUCGAAGCUCCCCUAGGAGGUAUCAUCUAUGGAUUUUGUGUGGCUUGCAUCAUCAUCGCCAGCAUAGCCAUCCCUGGAGAGGCGCUGUUUAAUUUAGGAGACGAGAAUGAGAAGGACAUCUUCAAUAACGACGAGUCGAUCUGCCCCUUCAUUUUUUCGUUGAAGCGCAUGCCUGCCACGCAGACAAAGUUGGCUAUGGAAGGAUUGACGUACGAGCGCUUGAAGCCCUAUGUCGGGGAUCACAUGAUGCUCUUCAAAGUUCUGUCCUCCGGGGGGCCUCGAUGCUUCAGACGCGCUGGAUGUCAUCCAUGCUCUGAAGGAGUACAGCAGAACACAUGCUGA